CCGUGUGACCCCGCCUCCGACGCCCACCGCCGCUGCCGACGCCGACACCGACGACACACCGCCACCGAUGGACUCUGACGGCGGCGAGCUGAACUCGGCCUUCGAGCCCGCCAAGCGGCCGGCGGCCAUGUCUGCACAGCGUCUGCCGCUGCUGUAUCCGCAGCUGCUGCAGGCGGCGCAGCUGCAGCAGCAGCUGCUGCACCGCUACUGCGCCGAGCAGGCCAAGCUGCCGGCGCUGUUGUGGCCGUGCUACCCGGGCCUGCCGAUGGCCGCUGGACACCCAGGACUACUGUUGCCGCCUGUCGGCCGCGCCGCCCGGCCCAAGAAGCGCUACAUCUGCAAGUACUGCCAGCGCGAGUUCAGCAAGAGCUACAACCUGCUGAUCCACGAGCGGACUCACACCGACGAGCGGCCGUUUCCGUGUGACGUCUGCGGCAAGGCGUUCCGCCGGCAGGACCACCUCAGAGACCACAAGUACACCCACAACAAGGAGAAGCCGUUCAAGUGUGAGGAAUGCGGCAAGGGCUUCUGUCAGGCGCGCACUCUGGCCGUGCACCGCAGUCAGCACGACGAAGGUCGCCUGACCCGUCCGGUAUGUCCUCCGGUGACUGACAAGUACCUGUCACUGUCGCCCGUCACCGGACAGCUGUCACCCGUCACCGGACACCCGGUGAUGUCGGGCGGUCAGCCGGCUCUGAGGCUCCCGCAGCCGGAGCUGGGAGGACCGCGGGCGCCGCGCGGCUGCCGGUCCCCGGUCGAGGGCGGAGGUCAGGGGUCCGAGGUCAGGUCAGAGACGGAGACAGUGACCGACUCGGCCGCCCUCAGCCUGGCCAGACCUCGCGCCACCAACUUCACCAUCGCAGCCAUCAUGCGUUCUGCCGAGGAACUCCGACCCGUCAGCCAGUCUCCCGAGCAGCGGCCCGCCUCGCCCAGCUCGCCCUGAGUCGAGACAAGAUGGAGCUGCCGUCCUACACCUGGCGUCAGAUAGCCGUGCACUAACUGGCCUCAACUGAUAGAGGGCUUAAAUGUGAAUAUUUAGCAGUGUUGUUGGCAAGGAUCAGUGAAUUUGUACGCAGAACAAGAUAAUCGAGCAGAACCCUCCAACGACCUCAACAGGCCUAUACCAAAAUGAACUGCAAUGAUAAUGUAACAGACGGUCCCGCAAGUCUCCGUAGCGGAGUGUUGUGAUUUCAGGACAUGUGGGUGCCUAUAAAAGGCCAGAUUCAGUGACACGAAGCAGCUGUUUUAACUCAGGAAUGGAAUAAUAAAAGGCACGAACUGGCCAAAGCUAUUUCUGAACGGGUACACUCGCUCCCAUGUUCCCAUCAAAGCAGCUGACAGUUGCAGCCAUGUAUGAAUGAUUAGCACUGUGAUACAUUGUGAACGGUCGGUAUUGCGUUGACUUAGUGCUGUGUUCCUGUGGAACAUCAAUGGAUCACACUGUUCUGUUAUCAAAAUGGAUAAUAACAUAAAAAAUAAAUGUUCUACAAAUCCA